CACAUUUCUCUUUGUUAUGUGGGUUAUAGCACAGAACGCGGCCUCGCGUCUCAUCGAUAGCGGGGGAUGGUCAUCAAGUGAGUCGCGAGCUGGACGCGCGGGGGACUGACUCCCGGUGGCUUACGAGGGCUCUUCAAGAAGAGCUCGCAGACAGACAGCCCUGUUCCUCAUACCAAACCCACCACGUCUGUCCAUGCAUCACGUGUGGUAGGGCAGGGAGAGCGUUGCAUGAACAGGCGCUACGACGCGCUGUGAAGGCUAUCUUAUGAGAUAUCUAAUGAGGGCUACUACAGCUUCGGAUAGCUGCGUGAUGAAGUCUGCGCGUGUCUGCACUAAAUAAUGAACUCUCACUGAAGUAACGUUCCAGUUUCAUAUGUACGCUACAGUAGGACGCCCGUUUGUGCACACGUACGCUCGCCUGUAAACUCACCAUGUAAUACACACAUAGACAAUAUACGGCGUCGCUCGGUUAAACGACUCUCACGUUACAGACGCUUAUAAUUAUGUUCCGAGCGCAUUCUCGAUAUUUUUACACGUUUUCGCACGUGUAUAUAUGUUUUUUUCGUUCGUCGUGGAAAGGGCGAUUCAAUUAAGUUGUGCGUGCUGAAGGCUGGCGUCUGAGUGAAGCAGCAGCAGCAGCAGUUUAUGCGCGAUUUUGACUCGGUCACCCUGCGCUCAUCAGGCGCUGGGUGAGAGGUGGGGGGGGGGGGGGUACAAAGCAAGGGGGUUGCUUCUCGUUGUGUCUAAUUUACCCCGAGCUUCGCCAGCGCUCGCCGACCAAAGCCUCGGAGGCACUCCAACUGCACAUAUGUUGUCAUGUCAGGGACCGCGCUUUUUUAGCGCUCAGACACAAAAAAGGUAACUAACUGUACGAGAGCUGACGGCCGUUAAGAGCUCUCUUGUGCCCAAGGCAAUCUGCAGCCUCCCUCACCACCACCACCACCCUCAUGCGGCCAGGAUCGCCAGCCACUGCGACCAUGCGUCGUGCCAGCAGCAGGGGCGGCAGCUAGCCACGGUCGCCACCAGCUUCGGAGCACCCCCAAGCAGCUCCUACUCGUCGUGUUUCCCUUCGCCUGCCCUCGGCGCCCCCGUGCAGCAUGGAUGUGCGAGCUCGGCUCCGGCUCUGGCUGUGGCUGCCGCUGUCCGUAGUGCUGAUUUUCCGGAGCGGCGGCGCUUUCGGCUCGGAGCUCCUGGUCAUGGGACUCAUGCCGCUCAACGAGAGCCGGGCGGGCGGUGGCAUCGGUCGAGGCAUAAUGCCCGCUGUUGCCAUGGCCGUUGAUCACGUCAACAAGGACGAUACCCUCCUGAAGCGACACCACCUCAAUGUCACGUGGUACGAUACUGAGUGUGACAAUGCCAAAGGGAUGAAGGCUUUUUUUGAUGCCAUCAAGAACGAAUCCAAGUACCGGAUGAUUUUUGGUGGCGUUUGCCCCAGUGUGACAUCCACAAUUGCAGAGGCCUUGCAGGGAUGGAACCUGGCACAGCUGUCAUUUGCGGCCACAACACCCGUGCUUUCGGACAAGAAGAAGUACCCGAACUUCUUCCGCACGGUGCCGUCGGACAACGCAGUGAACCCUGCCAUCGUGAGGUUCCUGCAGCACUACAAGUGGCAGCGCGUGGGCACGCUCGCACAGGACGUGCAGCGCUUCUCCGAGGUGCACAACGACUUGACAAAAGAGCUGGAUAAAGCGGGAAUCCAGAUUGCUGAAACGCAGAGCUUCUCCAACGAUCCAUGCGUCAAUGUCCAAAACUUCAAGACUUCGGAUGUCAGGAUUAUACUGGGUCAAUUUGACGAAGAAAUGGCAGCAAAAGUCUUUUGCUGCGCCUAUGACGAAGGCAUGUAUGGGAGUAAGUAUCAGUGGGUGAUCCCGGGCUGGUACGGCAGCCGCUGGUGGGAGCAUACGCAGCAGCAGUGCCCUCAGAAGAACCUCCUCAUUGCCAUGGAGAACUGCAUCUAUGUGGACUUCAUGCCGCUCAGCACUCGGCCCGAUCGCACCAUCUCUGGGCUGACGCCACAGCAAUAUGAAGAGGAGUACAAUCAUAUGUUGGGUCUGAGUGAGGUGGCACCGCACAGCAAGUUUCAUGGCUACGCCUAUGAUGGCAUCUGGGUGAUUGCGCAAGUUUUAAACCGAACGAUUGAGUUGCUGGAGGCGGACAAGAGCCUCGUUGCUUCCAUCGAGUCAUUCAGCUACACCAACCAACGCAUCGGACAAAUUUUGCUUGACGCCUUGAACGAGACCAACUUUUUGGGAGUCACCGGUCAAGUCCUGUUCAGAAAUGGAGAGCGUUUAGGAACUAUAGAAUUCAUGCAGUUUCAAAAUACUAAGAGAGUAAAGGUCGGUGAGUACAAUGCAGUUCCGGACACUCUGGAGCUCAUCAACAGCACCAUGCGUUUCCAAGGUCCAGACCCACCGUGGGACAGGACCAUCGUUCAGUCAAAGCUGCGAGAGGUGUAUCUACCCCUCUACAGCAUCUUGUCUGUACUCACUUGCUUAGGCAUGUUCAUGGCCUCUGCCUUCCUCUUCUUUAACAUCAAGAACCGCAACCAAAAGCUGAUAAAGAUGUCAAGUCCCUACAUGAACAACCUCAUCAUCCUGGGUGGAAUGCUCUCCUACAUGACCAUCUUCCUCUUCGGCUUGGAUGGGGCUUUGGUGUCCUCAGCAACGUUUGAGAACAUCUGUGCUCUACGCACGUGGACACUCGCCGUGGGUUACACCACCGCCUUUGGGGCCAUGUUUGCCAAGACUUGGAGAGUUCAUGCCAUUUUUAAGAAUGUCAAGAUGAAGAAAAAGAUAAUCAAGGAUCAGAAGCUGUUUGGAAUUGUGGGCGGGAUGCUGCUCAUCGACUUGGUGAUCCUCAUCUCCUGGCAGGUGCUGGAUCCACUCAAGCGCAUUGUGGAGAUAUACCCUCGAGAGCACGAUCCAACGGGAAAGGACUUGACCAUUCUGCCGCUGCUGGAGCACUGUCAGAGCACACACAUGACCAUCUGGCUGGGCAUCAUAUACGCCUACAAGGGCCUGCUCAUGGUAUUUGGAUGCUUUUUGGCAUGGGAAACCAGGAACGUCUCCAUCCCGGCUCUUAAUGACAGCAAGUACAUCGGCAUGAGCGUCUACAACGUGGGCAUCAUGUGCAUCAUCGGCGCGGCGGUCUCCUUUCUGACGAGGGACCAGCCCAAUGUUCAGUACUGCAUCGUGGCUCUCGUCACCAUCUUCAGUUCCACCAUCACACUCUGUCUGGUCUUUGUUCCAAAGCUCAUCACUCUGAGAACAAAUCCGGACGAAGCCACACAGAACCGCAGGUUCCGCUUCACACAAAACCAAAAGCGCGAGGACACUCGCACCCCUCCGUCCGUCUCCAGUGUCAACCACACGUCCAACAGCCAAUUCGAGGGCUUGCAGAGUGACAAUCACCGCCUCCGCAUGCGCAUCACAGAGUUGGACUCUGAACUCGAGCAGAUCACUAUGCAGCUACAAGAGAGCCCAGAGAAGCUAACCAGCUCCUGGAGCAGCAACAACUACAUUCAGACUCCCAUUGGCUACGGCACCAGCACACAGAAGCUGCUGCUAAAUGACUCUGCAAACCAUGGAGUGAAAAACCAUUUGGGUCCGCAUUCCUGUGGCAUCAACAACCUCUCGAUGGACGUGCACACGGUGGACGGAGGGAUUUCUACAAUCCUGCCGGGCAGCGAGGGACCCCUGGGGGGGCUUCAGUCACCAGAGAAGUGUCGUCGCCGCCUCUCCAUCCAGCUGCCCAUCCUGCACCACGCCUACUUCCCCACGGUGGGGGGCGUGGACCCCGGCGACUCGGUCCCCUGCUCCAGCUACACUCCGCAGCACCUGCGCAGAGACGGCAGCAUAUCCAGCAAACACCAACCCCUCACAGUCAUGGUGACGGGACUUUAAUGGGCACUCAACGAUGAGGCAGAGGGGCGCGCGUGCACCCAGAUGCACCACCUCCCAGUUGGCUGCUGCAGCUCCUGCGCGAGGACCCUAUUUUGUACAAAGCCGUAUUUGGCCUGGGCUAGGUUUACGUUCGAUCUGUCCAUUUUUAUACACUAGGAGAAAAAUAACAUUCUAGAGAUAUCAGAUGAGCAUUUAAGAUAUGGGCAAAUGAGCUGGACUUUUGGCUUGCGGAUUUUUAAAAAUAUAUAUUGUAUGCCAACGCACCGACAGAUUUGAUGAAGAUGUUUGUGUACCGCUCCUGGAUUGCCACUGAUCUGCUAUUGGGCCUGAGACAUCUGUUUCUCCAACAAGAACUUCACGAAAUGUCACGUACCAACAAAAUGGCUUAAUCUAAACUUUGAAUCGGUCAUACCGCCAACGACGUUCAGGUGACCUUCAAUUAAUUAUUAAUGUACAACAACGUGCUCCAAAGACCUGCAUAAACCACAAUGUUAUCCUCAGCAGUUGGCAUACCAGAAGCAAGUAUUUUGAUUGUGAACAAAAUAUGACAGAUACGAGGUCUUAAUUAAAAUAAUGUCAUUUUUUUCAACCUCAAAGAAAAUGUAACAGUUAUAUAUGUACUAAAUAUUAAUACAUUAUAAUUCAUUAUAAGAGUUAACAUGUCAUGUAUUGUAGGUUUUUUGAAGUCUUUGUAUUCAUUGCAGAACUUGCAUAUUUGCAGCUUCACAUAUCUUACAAUAAAACUGGUGUACGAUUUGCCUUGUCAUGCUUUUACAUUCGAAUGUACUUCGUAUAAAUAUGAUACCGCAGUUGGAGGUCAACAUAAAAUAAUUAAACUAAAUAAAUUCAAGCCAUUCUCAAUUCACAAAUGUAUGAAAGUCUCCCCACACCAAUUUUUACACCAUACUUCACUGAUCAGUAACAUGUUGGUGAAGGGGGAGGAUGGAGAUAGGAUACCACUUUGCCACUGAUGUUAACCAUGGGCCAGAAUCGAUUUCAGGUCGUUGGGUUCAUCGUGCAACACACUAACAUCUGUGCCACCAUUCCACCACGAAAUAUAAAUAUGACUUCAAAAUAAAUUAUAAAUCAAACAUGCUUACUUUUCUAUGGGUUACUGAGGACUCCCCUUGUUAACAAAAUGUAUUUAAAUGAAAAAUCGAAUUGUAUGAUAUUGAUACGGGUUACUUCUAUUACAAUAGCUGGAAAAAUGGAAAAACACGAUUGUUAGAAUACCCAUUCCAUUAUAAUAGCACAUCCCCAUAGGGAACAACAUUAAAUAUUACAAAGACAAUUUCUGCAAAAGCUUGAAGGGACUGCAGGGGUUAGGCUUUGAAGGGGGAAAUGUCCUGCAGGAAUGAACGGUAACGGCGCUGUCCGUUUGAACACUGACAAUGUCUAGAGCUGCUACAUGGCCAGAGUAGUACUCAGGUAGUAAGAGCAGUGGUGUGACUGAAUGUAGAAAAUAUCACAAACGCACACGUGCCUGUACUUGUCAUCAGAGCUAGUUAUAUGAGCAGCUUCACAUUUAAGGAUGUUGUCGUGUCAAGACGUACUCUAAAAAUGGCCUUGUAUUCAGAUAUAAAAACACUGAUACAGAGAGGGAAAAAGUAUUUUAUCCCCUGCUGAUUUUGUUCGUUUGCCCACUGACAAAGAAAUGAUCAGUCUAUAAUUUUAAUGGUAGGUUUAUUUGAACAGUGAGAGACAGAAUAACAACAACAAACUCCAAAAAACGCAUGUCAAAAUUUGUAUGAAUUGAUUUGCAUUUUAAUGAGGGAAAUAAGUAUUUGACCCCCUCUC